UUUUUUUUUUUUUUUUUUUUCCCGUCUGCACUUUUUCAUAGCUUGAACUCACGGCCCGUCUCGUCUCCAUAGAAACCGGGCCACCAGAUUAUAGGGGUUGGUUGUCGAAGGCUACGUGAAUUUGCACACCGACAUUGCGGCCUUGUCCGGCCGGAAAUGUCGCCAUGUUGUGCGUUCAAGGACGCAACCUUUGGAGUGGCUUCAGAGGACGCAGCCUGCGAAUUUGGACACAGCGAGGGAGCGUGUGCAUUUGCACACAACUAGCUAACUUGUGAAUUUGGACACAGCUGAGGACACCGGCGGUGCGGUGCGGUGCGGUGCGGUCUAGUCUGGUCGCGUCGAAAUCGACGUCACGUCGCCGCUAUAUUGCGCUGCCCAGCCAGCCAGCCAUUCGGCCCUACCUGGCCAAAUUCGCCACGGCUGGACCAAGCCUUCGAACUGGCGUUAGGGGGAUGCAGCCUGUGAAUUUGGACACAGCCAGCCAGCCAGCCAGCCAGCAAGCAGAUGUGGUUGUCCCGACAUCGGCAUUUUGAUGUGUAGAGUUACAAAACUCAGCUUUCAGCACUACUUUCUUACUUUGACAGCUAGUGUGGAUUUACGAAAUACAGGAAGACGCCAGUAUAAUGUUUUUGUCCCGAACGUAUUGGGCUAAACAAAGACCGAGUGGAAGGAUCCUAUUUGAAAGAGAUCCCUCCACUUGCCCGAGCAAACAGUCUUUCAGGUGCUACAGCCCUGGAAGACGGAGAAGGGUUGUUAUUACUGGCAUUGGUAUAGUGUGUCCUCUGGGCACAGGGACGGCGUUACCCUGGAACAACAUUAUUAAGGGCCAGAGUGGAAUUGUGGCUCUUUGCUCGGAGGAAUACCGAACAAUUCCCUGCAAAGUAGCAGCGUUGGUACCCAGAGGAAAUGCAGAAGGUCAGUUUAAUGAGCAAAUGUUUGCAUCUCGUGGAGAGCUCCGUAGCAUGUCACCAGCCACUGUGAUGGCACUCGGAGCUGCUCAGCUUGCCCUGGACGACUCAGGAUGGUACCCCAAAACCACAGAGGACCAACUCACCACUGGUGUCAAUGUUGGCAUGGGCAUGGUGUCGCUGGAUGAAAUAGUGUCCACCUCUGCUGCUUUCCACCAAAAGGGCUACAAGAAAAUGAGUCCUUUCUUUGUGCCUCGUAUUCUUGUGAACAUGGCUGCUGGCCAUAUCAGUAUCAAGCACAAUCUUAAGGGUCCUAACCACGCUGUGUCCACAGCAUGCACCACCGGCGCGCACGCCAUUGGGGAUGCCGCACGGUUCAUUGCCCACGGCGAUGCAGUUGCUAUGGUUACGGGUGGGACGGAAUCCUGUGUGGGACCUCUGUCAAUAGCUGGCUUUGCAAGAGCACGUGCCCUUGCCACCAAGUGGAAUGAGUGUCCUAAACUAGCUUCAAGACCCUUUCAUCCAGAGAGAGAUGGCUUUGUGAUGGGUGAGGGAUCAGCUGUGCUCCUGCUGGAAGAACUGGAGCAUGCAAUGAAACGUGGAGCCACAAUGUAUGCAGAGGUGCUAGGAUACGGACUCUCGGGAGAUGCCAGCCACAUUACCACACCUGCUGCAGAUGGCGAUGGGGCCUUUAGAUGCAUGUCGGCUGCCAUCAAAGAUGCUGGCAUCUCACCAGAAGACGUGUCUUACGUGAACGCCCACGCCACCUCCACACUUUUGGGUGACGCAGCGGAAAAUGCUGCCAUCAAGAGGCUCUUUCAUCAAAGUGCAGGAGCGCCGGCCGUGUCCUCCAUCAAAGGAGCCACCGGACAUCUGCUUGGGGCUGCGGGAGCGUUGGAGACAGCAAUCACCGCUCUGGCUUGCUACCAUGGCGUCUUGCCCCCGACCCUCAAUCUGGACCGCACCCAACCAGAAUUUAACCUCAAUUACGUUCCAUGCGUGGCGCAGCCAUGGCAGACUUUGGGCAGAAGAGUGGCCCUUUCAAACUCGUUUGGCUUUGGAGGAACCAAUGCCACGCUGUGUAUUGCCAACAUCUAAACCUGUUUUGACAUUUUGAGCGUCAAUAAAGGUGCAGAAAUACAAA